AAUUGAAAAUGGCCGCUGCAUUUGAGGGUCCUAAACAUCUUGAUGAUGCUGCCUCUUACUGCCAUCUGGGUAAUUUACACGGGGAGCUGGGUGACCUAGAGCGAGCAAAAGACUUCCAUUAUCGCGCCUUGGAGAUUCGUCUGAAAAAGCUUGGACCUGAACAUGUUGAUGUUGCAGCCAUUUACAAAAAUCUGGGUAUUAUAUGCGAGAAGCUGGGUGAAAUAGAUCGAGCAAAAGAAUGGUAUGAGCGUGCCCUGGACAUUCUUCUGAAAAAGCUUGGCCCUGGACAUGUUGCUGUUGCAGCCUCUUACAACAAUCUGGGUAUUUUACACUGGGAGCUGGGUGACCUAGAGCGAGCAAAAGACUUCCAUUAUCGCGCCCUGGAGAUUCGUCUGAAAAAGCUUGGACCUGAACAUGUUGAUGUUGCAGCCACUUACAACAAUCUGGGUAUUAUAUGCGAGAAGCUGGGUGAAAUAGAUCCAGCAAAAGAAUGGUAUGAGCGUGCCCUGGACAUUCUUCUGAAAAAGCUUGGCCCUGGACAUGUUGAUGUUGCAGCCAGUUACAGGAAUCUGGGUAUUAUAUACGAGAAGUUGGGUGAAAUAGAUCGAGCAAGAGACUUCCAUUAUCGCGCCCUGGAGAUUCGUCUGAAAAAGCUUGGACCUGAACAUCUUGAUCUUGCAGCCACUUCCAACAAUCUGUAUGAGCGUGCCCUGGCGUUUCGUCUGAAAAAGCUUGGACCUGAACAUGUUGAUGUUGCCGCCACUUACGACAGUCUAGAUUUAGUUACAGGUGGGAUCCCCUGGUAUGUUCUCCAUGGAGGACCUUCAGUACUCAACGCAUACCAAAGAGGAUUAAAAUUUGGCAAGACCUAUGACAAGCGAACAAAGAUUUUAUUGAUUGGUCAGGAUCGUGUUGGUAAAACAAGUCUUCGAAAACAUCUCCAAGGUGUAAAAUUCGAUCGAGAUGAAACAAGCACCAGUGGAGUGGAAAUGAUGCCAGCUGUUAAGAAUGCAGCAAAGCAAGCAUGGAAAAAUCCUGCUUCUUUUGAAUCCACUAGUGCCUUUGAUCACAAAUGUGCAGAGCUGAUCAACAAGGAGUUAUCAAGAAGCUCUCCAGAAAAAUCACAUUCUGCUCGACAGCUCAGAGGUGAAGAUGACUCUCCAAAGAAAGAGUCAGGAACAGAAAAACCAAGGGGUGAUGGGCUCACACCUAUAGUUGACACUGAAACUGUCGAGGGUGACAUAAGAAAACAGAACCAGGAGCAGAUACCAGUGAAAGUUGCCUCUCUCUUACGAAGAAAGAAUCCGGACAAAGAUGACGGCAUAUGGCCUAUAAUUUGGGAUUUUGCUGGCCAAGCAGUAUAUCAUGCCAUUCAUCCUAUUUUCCUAUCUCAAGAAGCCAUAUAUGUGUUAGCGUUGGAUCUGACAAGAGAGUUGACUACCCCAGCACAGUGUCGUGUACAGCCUCGUGAUCAUGCAGAGGUAGAAGUAACAUCACCAGACACGGAGGAUACUAACCUUGAUCACAUUUUGAAAUGGCUGGACUUGGUACAUUGCUUGUCAACUGCAAAGAAACUCGGACGGACAACAGAAGGUGCUUUUCCUCCAGUCAUACUUGUGGGUACACAUGCUGAUAUUAUAAGGAAUUCGGGGCGUGAUCCUACCAAAGUAAUGGACGCAGUGCUUGACAAGAUUUCUGAUAUGGCCCCACAUGAAAUCGUAGAUCAUAUCCAUGCCAAAUUUGUCAUUGAUAACACAAAAGCUGGUUGUCCAGUUCAGCAAGAGGACCAAGAGAUAGUUUCUAUGCGUCAGAGAAUAUUGGAACUGGCUGAAAAGAUGCCACACACAAAGAACGAAAUUCCUUUGCUGUGGCACUAUGUCGAAGAGAAAAUCUUUGAAAUGGUAGAAAAGAAGGAGCAUUACCUUCCUAAAAAGCGUUUUCAAAAGGAAGUUGCAGACGCCCUUUGCCAUUUUGAUGUCCAAGAUGACGUAGAAGGACUUCUUCACUUUUUACGAUCUCGUGGAACAGUUAUCUAUCAUGAUCACCCUGAAAAUCCAGAUGGUUUGGUAGUACUGGAUCCACAAUGGUUGAUCGAUGUACUCAGUAAGAUAAUAACAGUGUAUCCAACUUGGGAAGCAAGACCUUCUAUCAAGAAACAUUACCGGGUCCUUGGGAAUACAGGAUUUCUUUCCAACGUAUUGCUCAAUCAAUCAUUUAAAAACUUGAAAUUGGAGAGAACAAGGAAGAAUUUACUUGAAUUGAUGGAAAAGUUUAAUCUAAUCUGCAACUCUAGAGGCUGUAAAGGGAGAGACUUCCCUUACUUUGUACCCUGUAUGCUGACACUCCCAAUGAACGACAAAAGAAGCAAGUACAUGGAAAAUGGCCCUUUACCAGUCUACCUCACUUUUAACACCAACUAUGUUCCAGCUGGUCUAUUUUGUAGGCUGAUUUCACUUUUCUGGGAGUGGACCUCACAGCUGUGUGGCAUCUUCAUAGAACCCACCCUGUUUGCAAAUUCUGCUCGAUUCAAUGUCAGCAAAUUCUACCACAUUACCUUAGAGGCUCACAAAACUGUGAUCAGCUUAAAGCUGUGGACAAAUGGUGACUCCAAUCAAGAGGAAGAGAAAAAAAUUUGUGGGCAACUGUUGAGUCAUCUAGAACUUUGCAAGACCAUAUUGCGUAGCACCUGUCAGUGGUUGAUAUCUGUUUCUUGGAAUGUGUCUGUACAAUGCACAUUGUGCAAACCUUGUCCUGACAAGUGUCUCAAUACAGACAUUUGUAUUUGGCACAAAAAGCAAGGUUGUUGUCACUCUGACUGUGGUCACUACAUUUCAUUAAGAGACUUUGCUGCAAGUUGUAAGUACUCAGAUCAUGAUGCACCUUCCUUCUGUCCAAAAAAACUGGAUCCUUGGACUCAGGCUUUGUCCGAAUUCGAAAAAGGAAAUGGCUCAGAAACUGUGAAUGGCGUAAAAGAUGAUUUACAGGACUCCAUUGGCAAUCCACCUCACCUCAAUUUUAAGCUUCCAGAUUUAAAGGACCUUUUUACGUCAGACAGCUGCUGGAGCGAUUUUGAACUUCCAGUCGAUAUCCUGUUGUUAACGGUGGAGGACUGUGAGUUCUUAGCAUGUUUGCACUAUCUCGAUCAACCCUCAAGGAGGUACUACAAAAGCACUGGGUAUGUGUACUACGGGUUCAUGGGACAUCAACAGGAGGAGAAGUUGAAAACUGCUUUGGUCAAGUGUACCAGAGGUUCUGCAGUUCCUGACGGUUCUUUGAUUGUUGUCAAUAAUGUAAUUUUAGCUCUGGCACCCAAAGUUGUGUUUUCUGUUGGUACUUGCAUUGGGUUGACUCCUAAGGAAAUCAGGCUAGGAGACGUAGUUGUGUCUUCAAAGUUGACAACGCUUGCUUACAAAACUCCUGUAAGUAGGGAUAUUGGCAACCUUAUCAAACAUGCAGCUGAUGGCUGGAGAGCACCCUUGAAAGACCCUCAAGCUCGUAAAGUAAACGUGAAAUGUGACGGUACUAUCUUAAGUAUUCCACCCUUACAGGCAAGCAGUGAGAACAUAAUUCAGAAAUAUUCUGAAGCAACUGCAGUGGAGGUGGAAGGUGAAGGAGUGUUUGCUGCAGCUCAUAGUCUGAAAACGGAAUGGGUGGUUGUAAAAGGCAUCAAAUGCUAUGCCAACGAGAAUCAGUCGUCAAGCUAUGAGUGGGAUGUAUUCGCAAGUGUAAUGGCAGCCUCUGUUGUGUCCAACAUUUUGAGGAAUCCAGGCGUAUUCCAACAUUGGAGCCAUUAUAACGAAGGUAACUUUCCUCUAAAGGCUGAUAGUUUCGAAAGAAACUGUUUGGGGCUGCGUCGGUGGGCAAACUUUGAUGUUGUGUUACUGCAUGCGCUACUGAGGAAUGUCUGUGCGUUGACUCCCCCCAGGACUGGAUGGGAUAGUCUACCACUUAACUUAGAUUUUAGCAAGGAUGCCGACAUAGUCAGGCUAAAGUACUCCAAUGAUGAUGUGUACAGCCAUGCCAACCAAGCAUCUGUGGACGAUGCAACAUUCAACAUCUACUGGCAGGAUAUCAGUGCUGCCAAAGUAGUUCUGGGAGGGUUUGGUUAUAGAUCUGCUAUCGACAAAGCCACAUAUGAAAUUGAACAGACAAGAAUUCAGGUUAAAAAACUUAGUGACAAGUUGGACACCUUGCUACUACAACAAGGAGAAACAAAGAGUCGAGGCCAGUAG